AUGGAGGAGCGUGGACUCCUCUACCUCGGGAUGGGUGUUUCCGGAGGAGAGGAGGGUGCCCGCCAUGGCCCCUCCAUGAUGCCUGGAGGCUCAUUGGAGGCAUACCAGUACAUUGAAGACAUUCUUCUCAAGGUGUCUGCUCAGGUCCCUGACAGCGGCCCGUGCGUCACAUACAUUGGGAAGGCUGGAUCCGGAAACUUUGUCAAGAUGGUUCACAAUGGCAUUGAGUACGGUGACAUGCAACUCAUUGCUGAGGCGUACGACGUUCUCAAGUCGGUUGGGAAGCUCACAAACGGUGAGCUGCAGCAGGUUUUCGCCGAGUGGAACAAGGGUGAACUCCUCAGUUUCUUGGUUGAGAUCACUGCUGAUAUCUUCAGCAUCAAGGAUGACCAGGGUGAGGGCUACUUGGUCGACAAGGUCCUGGACAAGACCGGGAUGAAGGGAACCGGGAAGUGGACAGUGCAGCAAGCUGCUGAGCUCUGUGUGGCUGCUCCUACCAUUGAGGCGUCCUUGGAUUCCAGGUUCCUCAGCGGGCUCAAGGAUGAGCGUGUCGCGGCUUCCAAGAUCUUCCAGGGUGACUACUCCAGUGGUGAAACUGUCGACAAGGCACAGCUGAUCGAGGAUGUGAGGAAGGCCCUCUACGCCUCCAAGAUCUGCAGCUACGCCCAAGGCAUGAACAUCAUCAAGGCCAAGAGCACGGAGAAGGGAUGGGGCCUCAACCUCGGCGAGCUGGCCAGGAUCUGGAAGGGCGGGUGCAUCAUCCGCGCCAGCUUCCUGGACCGCAUCAAGAAGGCGUAUGACAGGAACGGUGAGCUCGCCAACCUCCUCAUCGACCCCGAGUUCGCGCAGGAGAUCAUGGACAGGCAAGCUGCAUGGAGGAGGGUUGUCUGCCUCGCCAUCAACAACGGCGUCAGCACCCCUGGCAUGUCCGCGAGUCUGGCCUACUUCGACUCCUACCGGAGGGACAGGCUCCCUGCCAACCUCGUCCAGGCCCAGAGGGACUACUUCGGGGCGCACACCUACGAGAGGGUUGACAUGCCGGGCUCCUUCCACACCGAGUGGUACAAGAUUGCCAACUCAAAGAUCUAA